UUUCCCACAAUCCUUUGUGAUACCUCAAGAUGGCGGCGCCCAGUGGCAUCGUGAGCGAUUCCGAGAGCAGCAGCAGUAGCGAUGCGGAGGAGCUGGCGCGGUGCAAGGAGGCAGCUAUGCCGGCCUGGGACUUGGAGCAACCCCCACGGGGAGAGGAAAAACCAAGAGCCGGUGCUGCAAAUAACCGGUUGUCAGCCUCCCAGCCGAGCCUCAGGCAUCAGGUGGAUGAGCAUGAGCAAGAUGGCAAUGAGCUACAAACCACGCCCGAGUUCCGAGCCCACAUAGCCAAGAAGCUGGGUGCGUUGCUGGACAGCACCAUCGUCAUCUCAGAAGUAGUGAAGGAGCCGAGAAAAGCUAAGAUACAGGAAGUGGCCUCGAGGGACAAUGGCUUCCGCCUCUUCUUCACGUCCAUCCCCAGAGGCCCUGAGGAGGAAGCUGCUCCCCGGCCCUGCAGAAAGCGAUGGCCCUCCAGCUCCAGCAGCGAGGAGAGCGCUGAGGAGUGGCAGCGGUGCCAGGAGGCGGCUGUGUCAGCCAGUGCCAUUCUCGAGGAAUCAGCUAUCCACGGCCCUGACCACAGGGAGAAGGAGGUCAAGAAGAAGAAAAAGAAAGCCAGGAAGGCAGUCAGCAUCGACCCGGCUGAAGCCACCACCCCAGCCAGUGGAGCAGCGGCCCAGAAACAAGAGAAGGAGUUGAGUGUGAUCAGCAGGGACCAGGUGUCACCUGGGACCAAAAAAAAGAAAAGGAAGAAAAAGGCGAAGGAGGCCAACAAGGCUUCCUAGUGCCCAUUAGCAAAACGUGCAGCCACUGUGCUUGCAAACUGACCCUGGUCUGUGGGUGCCGCACCCCCUGGCUCCAAGAACGAGGCUCCCAAGGGGGACAAGCCAGUUCCACACUCACCUCUCCAAGUUCAAGCCCUUGGCUGGCAAGUCGAGACUCGGCCCUUCUGUGUUCCUAUUGAGGGUGCAACAGACCUGUAGUUCCAGAACAUUCUGUGGCCUCAGUAAGGUGGAAUCCUCCAGCCAUUUAAGACUAAUGGCCAAGUAGUGAUGCCCCUACCUCUCCAAGACAGUCUGUGGUGGGCAAGUAAAGGGAGACUUUCACCGAAUGUGGUAGCACAUGCCUCUAAUCCCACCACUCAGUAGGCUGAGGCAGGAAAAUCUCCAUGAGUUCAAGGCCAGCCUGGAGCUACACAGUGAAUUCAAGGCCAGCCUGAACUAUAUAUAUAGCAAGACAUAUGGGAAGGGGGAAGACCUUUCUCCCUUUGCAGCUUAAUGUGAGAGGCAAAUCUGCAGAAAAUGAGGGAAAGAUGGCUAGGAUGUAGCUUAGUGGUGCCGCACCUGCCUGUCAAGCACGAGGUCCUGAGUUUGAGCCCCGGUACUGAAAAAAAAGAAAAUGAGGGAAAAGGUCCCCAAGAUGCCAAGGCCCAGACAAACAUUUAUACUUCUCCCUCCAACUUACAUAGAAUUAACAGGAUAUUUUCAGGAAAAGAAGGAGAGAGGUUUUUUCCCUUCUGUUUUCCAGAAUUCCUUUUCUGCACGUUGUGAUUUUACAGGCACAAUGUCUCUGAGCCAACUGGCCCAUCAGAAAUGAGUUGUCAAGGGGCCCAGAACUCGGUGCUGCCUCCUGUCAAUGCUGAACCUUACAGGGACCUUUUGAGUAAACAUCGUGUGUAGGACCCACCCGCCAGCGGUCCAAGAUCCAUUCCGUCACCCCUGCCCAAGGUUCAGGAAGUGGGGCAGCACUUGUGGACUAAGUUCCGUCCAGAGGGCUCUUCUGCAGCAGAUGCCCAAGGUUAAGGUGGAAUUCAGGCCUCCUCACCUUGCCUCAGUCUCGGGCAGAAAAACAGGUGGAGCCAGGCGUGGUGGUGAAGGCCUGUGACCCCAGCACUCUGGGAGGCUGGGGCAGGAGGAUCACAAGUUCAAGCCCAGCCUGGGCACCUUAGUGACUUGGUGAGACCCCAUCUCAAAAUAAAUUUUUAAAAAGGACUGGAGAUGUAGUUCAGGGCAGAGGCCCUGCCACUACAAUCCCUAGUACUACAAAAAGGAAAAAAAAACAUGGUGUGGGAGUGUGCCCUGAAGCCAUCCCUGCUCAGGCCCCUGGCCCGCCUCAGUGUCCCUCUGCCUGCCCGUCCUACCCCCAGCUGGGUGACUCAUGGACAGACAGGAAGUUUCUGUACGUUUCUCAUUGACUUUACUAAAAGUUAAAUAAAUGUCCAGCCUCACUCGUAA